AUGGCCCUUUUCAAGAAGGAUCCAGAAGGUGUCCAAAACAUUCUUCCCCUUGACUGUAAAGGCUCAGGAAACCUUUGCAUGUUUCCAUUUAAUGAGCUGAUUAAGGUGCGGGGGUCGCUGUUGGAGAGUGUAAUCUCCAAAAGGACAGAGUAUAAGGAGAACUGCAGCAGGACUCUGGCUCUCAGCGUUCUCUCUCAGUCUGGAGUCUUCUGUAACGGGAGCUUUGACUCGUUUGCCUGCUGGCCUCACUCUGCCCCCGGGAACGUGUCCAUCCCCUGCCCCUCCUACUUACCCUGGAUACAGCAAGACAGUUUGAGGCGGGCUCACAGGGAGUGCCUGGAGAACGGGAUGUGGAGGCUGAAGGACAACUCCUCAGAUGUGUGGAGAGAAGACUCUGAGUGUCUGGAGCGCGACUACUUCGAAGAGGAGGAGAAGCAGCGCUUACGUCAGACUGCCCUCAGGCUCAUCUCGGUGAUCGGGUACUCCCUGUCGCUGUUGUCCCUGUCUAUGGCCACCCUGCUCAUGGGCAUGCUCAGAAAGCUCCACUGCACCAGGAACUACAUCCACAUGAACCUGUUUGUGUCGUUCAUCCUGAGGGCCGCUGCGGUCAUCUGCAAAGAGCUGGUCCUGCACCUCAUGUACACCCACCUGCCCACGGACGAUCAGGGCUGGAGCUCCUACGCCAGCUCCACGAUAUCAGUGCUGUGCAAGGCUACGCGGGUGUGGAUGGAGUACUGUGUGUUCUGUAACUACCUGUGGCUGCUGGUGGAGGCCCUGUUUCUGCACACGCUGCUCUUCUCUGCAGUGCUGACCAAGAAGAGGCUGCUCAAGUCCUACAUGCUGCUCGGAUGGGCAACUCCUAUCCUGUUCGUCACCCCCUGGACUGUGGUGAAGAUCUUAUAUGAAAACACAGAAUGCUGGUCCAUAGUGAACAGGUGGUUCUGGUGGAUCAUACGAGGCCCCAUCACUCUGUCUGUGCUGAUCAUCUUCUUCAUCUUCAUCAAGAUCCUGAUGCUGCUGCUGUCCAAGCUGAAGGCCGACCAGGUCACCUUCUCUGACUACAGAUACAGCCUGGCGCGGGCCACCCUGGUGCUGGUGCCUCUGCUGGGCAUACAUGAGGUGGUCUUCACUGUGCUGGUGGACGAGUGUGUGGAGGGCUCCAGCAGAUACGCUCGCAACUUCAUCAACCUGACCCUGAGCUCCUUCCAGGGUUUUCUGGUGGCAGUGCUCUACUGUUUUGCCAAUGGAGAGGUCCAAGCGGAGCUGAAGAAGCGCUGGCAGCUGUUCCUGUUCACCCACCACUUCACUGUGCGGAGCUGCUUCAGGGGCACCCCGCUCAAGCAGCUGUGGAAGAGCACCCACGGGCGACGACCCCAGUGCUCCGUUCACAGCGAGUCCUACGAGGUUUCCGGCUGUCCCCGCCCCCCUCUGCUCCCGGUGGCGCUGAAGAGCACCGCGCCCGGUUGCGGCUCCAGGGCGCAGGGCGGGCAGGAGGGGCUCACCCGGAAGAGUCUGUCCAGCAGCGACGGGGACAUGACUCUGGGGGAGACCAUGGAGGAGGUCCUGGAGGAGAGCCAGUUCUAA